AAUUCAGGUCUAUUACCAAGUGAAGGGUGAAAUGGUGUCAAACAUUAUAGAUGAACUGCGGAAAAUGUUGGUGAAGCAACUAAAUGUGGAAAGACGAAUAUUACAAUUGAUUGUUUGUCAAAACAAAGACGACGUUAAUCCAGAAAUACCCUUGUUUGUACUUUGUAUAAAUGCGAGCAGACUCGGGGCAGAUGUUAGUUCUAUCCUGCAGGAUUUAAAUGUGUCAUCAAACGUGUCUGUGCUUAUUUUCCACCACAAAGACAUUCAUGCCCUGCCAAAUCAGUCCAGUGAACUAGUGUUGACGGGACCCGUUUUCAAGGACCUUGGCGGAAUCUUUGAUAUCGCUUUUCUGUCUGAAAAAGGAAUUUAUGAUUGUACAAUGAAUCAAGAAUCUGCAGUUGGCAUCGAGACGUUUUUGACAGAAACUCUGGUGGGCAAGGACGUUAGAUACAGUCAAACUCCUAAAAGUAACCACAUUGGUGACCUAGUUUGUCCGUGAAAAUAUUAACUGUACGCUCAAAUUGUAAAUAUGCAAUGUAACAAUAUGUGUACUGUGAAUUCACUUAAUUUCGUAGGCAUGAAAUUUCAUUGUUUUGUCCAAAAGAGAAAAUUGUGUUUGUUCUAAAAGGGAUACUUAGGCAAAUUAGUGUCAAAAAUAUUAAAAUUAUUUUAUGUACUUAAAUCACACUACAAUUACACUUCUUACAGUCUCAGCAUGGAUUUCUGCAUAAUAUCUAUAUAUUUUGGGUUUGAAGCGUGAAUUAAUCUUUAUAUGUUGAACGAAAUUUAGACACCGACAGAAUCGUCAAGUGGUUUUAAAACAAGUCAUGUUACUUUUAAAAACCCUGGAAGUUACAAUAGGUAAUUGAUAUAACAUAUAUUGUGCAUAUUGUAUGAUUGAAACAAGUGCAAGUGCACUUUAACGUCUGUGGCAAUUAUUGUGAAAUCUUAUAAACGCUCUAACCUAUCCCACGUGGGUCAAGUUAGGAAACCACCAUUUUAUUCUUUAUAAGGAGAAACGUUUUGUUCCUAUGAUAGUCUGUUAUCUUAAUUUUGAGGACAGUUUACAGAAUAAUGAAUAAAAAAUUCAAAACUAAGAAAUGACAAUUUUGCGUGUGUCUCACUUUAAAUUCAUGGAUUUUGUGAUUUUUUUUUCAAAUUUAAUAAGUGAAAUUCAUAUAACGUAUUUCAAAAAUAAUCUAAUAGUAGAUGUAGGAAAAUUUCGUUGGAUCUUAAAUUAGUGGAUGAACAUAUCCACAUUUAUCUUGAAAAUUAAUCUCCACGAAUUUAAAAUAAUUUUGCAGUAUACAUGAUUUAUUAUUAUUCAGUUACUACAGGUACCGGAAUUGUAAACGACAUAAUUAUUACAUGUAUAGUCAUAAUUGGUUCGAAUAGGUUGCACAGGUUACAGCUUCUAGUCAUUUCUAUAGGUUGCAUCCAUAUUUUGUUGAUGUGUGCAUAUAAACUGUAAUAAUAUUCUUUAAUUUAAUUAAAGCUGCAUGCCACCAGAUGAACCAAAAUAUUUCAAAUACUCAAACUUAAGAUUGAUUGACUGAUUUUGGCAGUAUUUAUCACAAUAUUUCUAGUGCGUGACGAAAGCAGUAAGGGCUAUUUCUGCAUAUUUUGACCUCAUUUUCGUAAUUUACGCGGAUUGUAAGUGCCGUUUGCAAUGUGUAUAUUACCUUUUUGUUCACUUCACAAUAUUUUACGUAUAUACAUAUUCAAAAUUUUAAUGAAAUUUAACACGAAUCUGUAGACAUGCCGCCUUAAAUAUUUCGUGAAAUCUGUUUGCAUGCGGCUUUAAAUAUUAAAUAAAAACAAACAAUGUUUU